AUGGAGGUCAUGCAAGGAGCUGCAGGGGGACCCCAGCUGCUGCAUGUGGGGGCUGGGGUCAUCGCUUUGCUGCUGACGGUUGUGGCCAUGCGUGCCCUGCCCUCCCUGAUGGAUUACUGGAGGCAAUGGUGGGUGAUGAAGCCGAUCCCAGGUAUCAGGCCCUGUUAUCCUGUGCUGGGAAACGCUCUACUCUUGGAGCCGACGGGAAAAGGAUUUUUUAAACAGCUACAACAUUACGUUGAAGAGUUCAGGAGUUGGCCAUUGUUCAAACUUUGGAUAGGACCAUUACCUGUCAUGAUUUUGUAUCACCCUGACAGUGUGGAGGUUAUCCUGAGCAGUUCGAAACACAUAGAAAAAUCGUACCUGUAUAAAUUCCUGCACCCAUGGCUGGGCACUGGACUUCUGACGAGCACCGGAGACAAGUGGCGGUCACGGAGGAAGAUGAUAACUCCCACGUUCCACUUUGCAAUCUUAACUGACUUUCUAGAGGUUAUGAAUGAACAAGGAGAUAUUUUGUUGGAGAAACUUGAGAAGCAUGCUGACAAGGAACCAUUUGAUAUCUUUCUAGACAUCACUUUGUGUGCCCUUGAUAUCAUCUGUGAAACAGCGAUGGGCAAGAAUGUGGGUGCUCAGGAGAAUAAGGAUUCUGAGUAUGUCCGUGCUAUCUACAGGAUGAGUGAUCUAAUCCAACAGCGACAGAAGAGCCCUUGGUUGUGGCCUAAUCUUGUAUAUAUGCUGUUCAAGGAAGGAAGAGAGCAUGAGAGGAACCUCAAGAUCCUUCACAAUUUUACAGAUAUGGUCAUUGCAGAAAAAGCUGCAGAACUUGAAACCACCAAGCAAAUGAAAUGUAAUACUGAUGGCAACUGUGGAGAAAGUGGCUCCAAGAAGAGAAAAGCUUUCCUGGACAUGCUGCUGAGUGCAACAGAUGAUGAAGGGAACAAACUGAGCUACAGGGACAUUCGUGAGGAAGUGGAUACUUUCAUGUUUGAGGGCCAUGAUACAACAGCAGCUGCUAUAAAUUGGGCCCUGUACUUACUUGGACAUAAUCCUGAAGCCCAGAAGAAGGUUCACAGAGAACUGGACGAGGUGUUUGGUAACACUGAGCGUCCUGUUACAAUGGAUGAUUUGAGGAAGCUUCGAUACCUUGAGUGUGUUGUGAAAGAAGCCCUUCGGAUCUUCCCUUCAGUUCCGCUGUUUGCCCGUACCUUGAGAGAGGAUUGCUGUAUCAGAGGAUAUCAGGUACCAAAAGGCACAAAUGUUCUUGUAAUAACUUAUGCCUUGCAUCGAGACCCUGAGAUCUUCCCUGACCCUGAGGAGUUCAGACCUGAGCGAUUCUUCCCUGAAAAUUGUAAGGGAAGGCACCCGUAUGCUUACGUGCCCUUCUCAGCUGGUCCCAGGAAUUGCAUUGGUCAGCGCUUUGCACAAAUGGAGGAGAAAACUCUUCUAGCCCUCAUCCUGCGGCGCUUUUGGGUGGACUCAUGUCAAAAGCCAGAAGAGCUUGGUAUAAGUGGAGAACUGAUUCUCCGUCCAAAUAAUGGCAUCUGGAUUAAGCUGAAGAGGAGGCCAAAUGCUGGAUCAGAAUGAAAGGAAAUUCAAGAUUUUAUUUUUCCAGAGACUUCCAAACUAUUUAGACUGAGAUAUAUUUUUAAAUUAG